AUGAACCGGAUGCCAUGUGACAGAGGUGAGGUCGACGUCAUCUGUGGAUCUGAUGACGUUGAUAGUUUUCAUGAGUCUAAUGUCAAAGAUUCUUGUGGAAUGGUCUCUGGAACAGGCAGCCAGGAGUCUUUGGUUUCCGUUGGGCUGGAACCUAACUUUGGUGACAGUAUGUUUGAAGUCGUGAACGGUGGAGAUACACUUUCCGUCUCGAGGGUCCCAGAACUUGACCAGAUUAUCUUUUGA